AUGCGGUCAAACCGCUUGCCGAAGAGGUGGUACGUCGAGAAGAUGUUUGAUUUCGAGAACAUCGGUUUCACGCAUGCCAGCAACGGCAUCAAGUAUUUGGUAUGUGCGAACUGCGAGGAAGGUCCUGUUGGUUAUGUGUGCCCAACAACCAAAGCUCAUUUUGUUGCUGUUGUAAGCUCAAGUGUUGAAGAGCCACUGGAUUUGGUGCGAUUGAGCUUAGAUGAACGAAUUUACAUAAAAAUGCGCAACGACCGUGAGGUUUGUUUAUUCCUAUUGUGUUAAGA